CAUAGCACAGAGACAGAGGAAAUAUCAACAGCAUGUUCUUGGUUACAUUGUAUCUUUUUUUUAGCCGCACUGCGCAUGUGCAGUGUGAAUAAUAUGGAAAAAUGACCGGGAGUUCUUUUCUUCUUUUUAGGGUUUCGGGCUGAUUAAUCGUUUAGGUCUGUAUGUGUGAGCGAGUGUGUGAGAGUGUGUGUAUGUGAAUGCGCGCGCGCACGCGCGAGUGUGUGUGUGAGUGAGAGUGUGUGUGUGAAGUGGCUGAUAUUACAGGCAAAGGAAGGAUCGACUUGAUUAUUUCGUUCUCCGCAGUUUUUUGACUUUAUUUUUUAUUUUUAAAAGCAAAAUAAUGUCCGCAAAUAAAGUAAAAAAAGUGAAAAUGGCUACUAAGUCGUGUCCGGAGUGUGACCAACAGAUCCCUGUGGCCUGUAAGUCGUGCCCUUGUGGUUACAUCUUCAUCAGCCGAAAGCUUCUCAGAGAGCCUCCUGCUAUAGAUAAAUCAGAUGCCAAAAGAAGACGACCGGAGAGAAUAAGGAGGGAGAAGAUCAACUUAACGUCCACUAACGACAUGGAGAACAGGAGGCGGUCCCGCUCCAACAGCCAAUCGGAUGCCAUCCGGAGAGGGCGGGGCAGACCGAAGACCGUUGGCUUGAAGAAGCAGGAGGAGGAGAAAGAGAAACAGGAGCGGGAGGUGGAUAUUUACGCCAACCUGUCAGACGAGAAGGCUUUCGUGUUCUCCGUGGCUUUAGCCGAGAUCAACCGUAAGAUCCUGGGCCAGAGACUGAUCCUGUAAAGGGGGCGGAGCCACACUCACGCGGCCAGGUGAAAGUUCAGGACUGGUAUUGCGCGGCCCUCGGGGGUGACGUGUGUAUCCUGGAGGAGGAGGAGGAGGAGGAGGACGUGACGUCGGGCCUGACGAGCGUUUUGUUCAGACGGCUGACGGUUCGUGGAGUCUCGCGGGGAAACACGAGGGAACGUAGCGAUUCUUUAAAUAUUGUAAACAUGGACAUGUAGGAAUCUUCUCUAUUUAUCUUUAAACAAAUUUUAUAGAAUGUCUUAAAGAAGGAGUGUUUUUUUUUUUUUUUUCCCCUUUUAUCCAAGUUGAUUUGUCGACAUGACGCGCACGUCUCGUUCUCAUUCACGACACACCUUUUUUAUUUUUUUAAGACGGACAAAGUUUUAAAAACUUUUUAAUGUAUUAUAGGGAUAUUUAGGCCAGAAAUUAUAUUCCCGCAGUUCAGCCAGCUGUCUGAGGUUUGCUUCUCGAACAGAUUAGCAUCUUACACACACACACACACACACACUUUAUUUAUUUACCUUUUUUUUUUCAUUACUUUUUUUUUUUUGCAUAAGCAUGACAAAAUAUAUUCAUAUAAAAUAUAUAUUAAAAAGCAAAUGUGAACUAUAAUAUUUGAAACAGUCAAUCUUUAGGCCACGCCCCCUGCUUUUUUCUCUCUCUUCCUCCGCCCACAUGUCUCAGAUGCUUUUUUUUUUUUUUUUUUGCUGGAAUUUCACUUCAACAUCACAAUGCAACACCUAUAAAGGUUCUUGCAUUAAUCCUUCGGUUAUGACUGUGCAGCGUCUUCCACUGGAGACGAGUGUGAACUAGAAAUCUGUUAGAACGUUAGGAUUUAAUAUAAGUAUGAGUUUGUGGCGUGACGACUGAAGAAGAAGAAGAAGAAGAAAACCCCAGACUGGACGGAGGAAGACCCAGAUCAGGCAGAAGCCACCCAAACUGGUCUAAACUGGCCCCUGACCCUGGAUAUUUAGGACCCCUGCUUGGACAGAGGAAGUGCCACACUGGACAGAGGGAACCCCUGCUUGCAGUCUUUCACACUCGUCCCCAGCGUGAGGUUUGCGGCACCUGAGUGUCUCUCACUCGUUGGUCAUGAAUGUUAAACACAAGGUGUAACCAGGUGUUCUUCACUGAGGUCGCGGAUCCCAAACCUUUCUCAAGACGUCUGUCUCGUGUGUGUCUCGCACCCAGCCUGCUGUAAGCUGAUCAACCGCUUAUUAAAUGUCCUUUAAAUUCGUCCCUGUGAGCCGUUCAGCUUUGUAAAUGCAACCGAUCAAACAGGCAGGGUCGGGGGAAACGUGCUAACGCUGGAAAACGAACUUUAUUUAUUAUUGCUUUUCCAGACUAAUUUACGCACAUCGUCUGUUUUAUGGCCUUUUUUUUUAUUAGUGUUUAUUUUACAAACGGUUAAAUCAUACAUGUGUAAUAAUUACCACGACUAUAAUAAACAUCAGAGAAAAAACA